UCAAAUCCGUCCGGUAUUAUUGUAGCGAUUAUCCCACCUGCGAUAUUAUACCAGUAACAUGGUGUAGUAAUACACACAGUGAGGGAAUGUAACGAAGAAGAUUCUAAUUCCUGUGCUAAUUUACACAGAAUAUGUCCAGUUUUUACAUUGACCUGGCGCUCCUCGAUGACACCAAUGGCAACACAGCUGGCGUGCAUCAGACAAGUAUUGAUCAGAUCACGGGCGAGGCGAGCAUAUCAACGGUAACUGGAGAGACUGCAGUCGCCUCACUGCACUCCCCUUCCAGUGACGAUCUCAGCCAAAGCUUAUCUGAAUACACAGAUGCAGAUGAAAGCAUAUCGGCCCCAACAGAGCUGCUAGCUGAGUUUCUAUCGGCCAUUAUGAUACGGGAUUAUGUUAACGCGCUUAGGUACUGCAAGCAAAUCUUAGAGUACGAACCAAACAAUACAACGGCGCGAGACUUCUACCCCCAUAUCCUGUCGAAAAUUGAUGCUGGAGAGCCUCACGAGCAGCUAUCUUGUGAAAGCGAUGAGAACGACAAUUACAACUGUAAUUCGCCGCUUGGUUCAUCAUCAUCUUCCUCACUGCGCUUGUCCCGUUUCCCAUCAUCUUACAACGAUUCUGAGUCCUCUUCCACAGAGUCCUCAUUUUCGUCAUCAGUCUCUUCCCCGGUGUCCUCUGUUUCCUGUUUAGUCAGCGAACGUAUUGAAGAUCCCGAUUUGGUUAGCAUGGCGUGCAGCAGUGACGAAAGCGACAGUAGAGCGUCGGGAGUUUCGCUGUCAGAGUCCGGAUUAAACAUCACUCCACAAGAAGGUAAAAAAACCAGCAAGUAUGCAGUGACACAGCAUGUCUCGCAGUCUCGGUCAUGUCGCAGUUUGGAUGUUGAAUGUGAUCAAUUGCCUACAUCAGCGAGUGAUAAUAACACAUCCCAGUCUUACUCUAGUUUGAUGCUGGAAGAGGAAGAAAAAGAUCUCUCGCUAUCGGACUUAUCCAACAACGAUGAGGAAGAAACAUGCAAAGGUAACGCUAAAGAAAAAAGAUCAAUAUACAGGUGCGAAAAUCCAUCUGUGCUACAAACGGUUAGCGAAUCAUUGGCCAACAAUGUUAGUGGAUCAGCCUCCGUCUUAGCCUCGCGAUUGAUGACAAUACUACGCCGGAAGAUGAUUGCUUCUCGAAAAGAAGAAACACCGACGGUAAAUAUUGAGGCUACCGAUUUUGAGAAACAAACGAAACCUGUAGAAGGGAUAAAGAAAUGAUGUGUACGUCCUUGGCAGUGACUCAACUUGACUUUUCCUUAGAUUUGUUUGAUCCUUUUGCUAUGCCGGGCCAUAUGAGACAUUUAAGCCUUCAGAAACAUACAUAUUAGAAAUUCAUAUUCAUCGAAAUUUCCUACAUUGGGUCUUCAUUUAUUGCCUUCACAAAUUCAUGUAUUUGCUUUAUUGUGUUAACGUUCUGAUAUUCAGCAACUACCAGCACUUUCGAUUCAAUUUGCACGAUUUAGUCAGAAAAGAAAAGAUUCAUUAUGCAUAAUUAAGGGAUCAACUAGAUGUUCAAGCAAAAGUAUCAUCAAGCAAAGGCGAAAGUAUGUUUCAAACGAGCCAUCUUAUCCGUAAACACGUGAUUAUUUCAAUGAAUGUAUCUAGUCACUGUAUCUCUAGCAAACGGAACAUGAAUGCCCAUGUCCCUAAACAGCUGGUGCACGAUCACUACUAGUGUUGGGUAACUGGGCUCUUUUCAGUGAGCGGAGCACGAGCGGGGGCUCUUUCGCUCCUUUCCGCUAGUUUGGCUGAGCGCAAAAGAGCUUCUAUUGGCUAUCAACUGAGUGCUCGCUUGCUCUUUUAGGUGAGCUGAGUGAACGAGGUGCCCCCUUCGCUCUUUACCCAACACUAAUCACUACUGGGCGCAUUGCUAGGAUUUUACUGUCAUAUAAUUUAUGGAACAAAAAUAUAUUUUCAAAUAUUCUCAUUAAACUCUUCAGUAGCUCUGAAUCAUACGGGAUGUUGGCGAACAUAUAAUAUUGGUUAUUAAAUAUAUAAUAAAUAUUGUUUAUUAAAUAAUGCAUUAUUGGAAAGCAGCGAUCUUAUGUGUGGGAAAAUGUUAUGAUAGAUUUAAGCAGUAAGAUAAUAUCAUGUGUGUGAAACUGUUCUGCAUAUAAUCUUCAAAAAUAAAUCUCUUCCCCUGGACACUCGAA